AUUUCAACAGGACGAGGAACAGAGAAGCAGCACGGUUGACGAUACCCGCACAUCCACAAUAUCCUUGCAAUCUACACUGACAUGGCAGUGCUGGAGGAGGAUGUAAGACGCUCUGUGAUGAUGGUACUUCCUAGUUUUCCAGAGGAUAAACUGCAGUCCCUACUGGUCAAGCUGGCAAGCAUUGGAGUGGAAUCCAAAUAUGACUUGCACUUAAUCAAGGAGGAGGAUCUGACUGAAAUCAUUACACCUAUCCAGUGCCGUAGGCUUCUUAAUGUCUGGCAAACAGAGGAAGUAACAAUGACGCUGACGAGUGUAGAACCCUCUGAGAUAUUCUACGAUGCCACUCCUGAGCAUCCUCCUUCUGAAUCCGCCUCCAGCAGUCCAAGUCUGUCUAGCAGUAGCAGUUCCAGAAAGAGUGUGAGUUUGAGAACAUGGCCUGAAGAUUUUGAGGUUCCCUGGAACAGGAUGCCUGCUGGUGUUAGAUCUGCCAUUGCAGAAGAGAAACGUCCAUCUGCUAAAGACCGCAGAGCUAUGGUACGACUCAUUGUGGAUGAGAUGAGAAUGACUGAAUUAAAUCCAUCAAAAGCACAGUGCUUAACAGUAGCCAAGAGCAUUGUACAGCAGUAUCCCCAAAGCUUUGCAGAUAUCAUGAGAGAUGGCACUGUAAUUGGCAGUGGCUAUGGCUCCCUUUUGACUCAACUGAAAACACGUGUGGAGCAUGUUAAUCGUGGAAAUACUCUUUCCAGACAAAGGGUGAAGAGAAGGGUCUCCACUUCAUCUGCAGACAUAGCAAGAGGACCAGCUGACCAAUAUGGCUGUGUGAGAUGGCAACCUGACUGUCCACCAGGAGAAACUGAAGAGAGUCUUAAAGAGAAACAGGGGGAAAUGAAAGACCUCUUCCAGACUGAGGGGCCAGCUGGUGCAGAGAGAGGAAGUUUGUCCCAAUUAAUGAAAACAACCUACUAUCUUCAAAGAAAACACAUCAAUGCCAGCCCACCUCCUUCGAUUGCUGAGCUGAAAAAUGAGUGGCCAUAUCUCUUCACACUGAAGGAGUUAUUCAGCCAUUUCAAAAUUCUCACUGACAUAAGUAUCCUGGAUAAAAUGGCACAGGCUGUGGAAGAAAAGGGGAAGGUGAUCCUUCGAUUUUUCCAACAGAAGCCAACAGGCACUAACACAGAUGAGGUGGAGAACAUCCUGCUUAAGUACAAUGAAGAAAAGUGUGAUCCAUUCCCAGCCAUAAUCCUCCUGCUCAUGGCACACUUCAGGGAGACACCCGAAUCACUUAUUUUGCAGGCAGAUACAUUAGCAACACCAGCUGAUGUGGAGAGAACACUGCGGAUUCCUGAUUCUCCAAGACUAAUUGUCCUAGGUGAAGUUCUCACUGCCAACGACUGGAUGCUGACCAUUGAGGGUCAGGUGGUUUUGCCACCAAACACAAACUUUGUGGCUGGAAUGGCUGCACUGUUUUCCAGCUACUACAAUUUUAAUCUGGUGUACCAGGAACAGGCAUCAUGCACGCUGGAAUUCAUUCAAAGAUGUUUCUUGGGAAUAAAUCCAAGUCGUGGCACAAAGACGGAAAGGCAAGUUGGCCAGAAGAGUGGGAAGGUCCAGGAGAAGAGGAACAACACCGUCAAUCUGCGGGUAUCCUCACUCCUGAGGCGAUUAAUGGACUUUGAAUGGCUUAGUGCCUAGGCCAUUUUGGAAAUGAGGUCUCCUCUCCUCCCUAAUAUGUUACAUACUGUAACAUGCCACUAGGGCGUGAAUGUUUUUAGUUUACAAACUUUCUUGUUGAUAUGAGUUGUAACUCAGGUUCUGCAUUUACUCGGAGAGUUCUCAGGUUCUUGCUAUAGAUGUUGCACUCUUUUACUGUAACUUGGCAUACAGUACUGCAUUUAUCAGACAGCAGUUGAGGGGCUUCUCAGCCAUUUUAGUUUGCCAUUGUAAUUUUGUGACCUACAUUAAGUUAGGGGAAAAAAGAUCUGAAAUUUACUCAACAUAGAAUUCUGUAAUUUCUAAGCCCAUGAUCUGCCCCAUUACAUCACUUCACAUUUCAUUCUGUUCUAUGUUCCCUAUUGAAAUGAAGGACAUCAUGUAGGUAUUGUGCCAUUGUGUUUUUCUAUAUCUUACUGUAUAUUUACUGUCUGUUUCCACUGCAUAAUUGUUGGAGAAUAUUCUCCAAGGUUCCUCUAAAUGUCCUCUCCAUGCUGUCUAGAGCCUUAAAAUUUUGGUGCUUACCAGUGUUUCUGAGGAAUGUGCUAAUAAUGGUCAUAAUUGCAGAUGUGCUGAACGGUAUGUAAGGCUCUAAUUAUAGGAGUUGUUCAGGGAAAUUGUUAUUGAAUAAAAACAAAUUUUAAAAAUUA